AGCAAUACAAGUUACCAAGCCAACAUUAAUUCGUAUCCCAGUCAACACGCCCACUUAAUAUUAAAAUAAAUAUUUAACAAAAAGGAAAACAAUAAUUAUCUUUAUCCUUAUUCUCGGAUCGAUUUUUAUCGAUUUUCUUACUCGUUUGUCCCAUUCAGUUUAUUUUAAGCUUCCGAAGCCAUCGCGACGAUCUUGGGCUUGUGAAAAAUUUUAUUUAUUGUUUACUUAAAGACGAACUUCACGUGAUUUAAUUUUGUCGGCGAUUUAGAAAAACAAAAAAAAUGAUAAAAUUAUUUUUUGUUAUUUUGAUUAAUUGAAAAUAAUGGACAAAUAUGAAAACAUUGAAGUGGUAGGUGAAGGCAGUUAUGGGAUUGUUAUCAAGUGUCGUCAUCGUGAAACAGGACAAAUAGUCGCUAUUAAAAAAUUUCUUGAAACAGAAGAGGAUAUUCAUGUUAGAAAAAUGGCCUUUCGUGAAAUAAGGAUGCUUAAAAAAUUGCGGCAUGACAACUUGGUAAAUAUGAUUGAAGUAUUUCGUCGCCGAAAAAGGUUUUAUCUAGUAUUUGAAUAUUUGGAUCACACUGUCUUGGAUGAACUAGAGGCAUCAACAAAUGGAUUAGGUCCACAAGUAUCAAAACGUUACAUAUUCCAAGUACUCCGUGGAUUGAAUUUUUGCCACGGAAAUCACAUAAUGCAUCGAGAUGUUAAACCUGAAAAUGUUUUGGUUUCACCAAAUGGCGUUAUUAAAUUAUGUGAUUUUGGUUUCGCGAGAAUUAUAUCCGCGCCAAAUGAAACUUGCACUGAUUAUGUCGCGACAAGAUGGUACCGGGCACCGGAAUUAUUAAUUGGGGAUUUAAAAUACGGAAAAGCUGUUGAUGUUUGGGCUGUCGGGUGUCUUUAUGCUGAAAUGGUCACGGGAGAUCCACUUUUUCCAGGGAACAGUGACGUCGAUCAGCUUUACCGAAUUACUAAAGUACUUGGUGGAUUAUGUAGUAAGCAUCAAUUAAUACUGAAUAAAAAUGGUGCACCGCCAAAGCCGUACCGUAAAAUAAAUUUGUCGGAGGAAUCCGACACAAGAUCCCUGAAAAAUAUUUUUCCGACAUGGAGUUCAGUUUCCAUAGAUUUUUUAUCUCAAUCCUUGAGAAUGGACCCCGAAAUAAGGCCAAGUUGUGCGCAAUUACUGCAACACACGCUUUUCACCCAGGAUAAUUUUACAGAAAAAUUUUUAAUGGAGCUGCAAAUAAAUAUCGCACGAGAAAAUUCUAAAAAUUUACUGCACAAAAGAUUUGAACGCAGGUUUACUAAUAAUGAGGAGACUCCACGUUCUUACGAAAGUGCUGGAAGGUGGCAAAUGCAUUUGAUCAAAGAAAUGGGCUGUCUCGAAAACACCGACCCCCUAAAUAAAGAAUCACGCAAACAAAAACCUAAAUCUCAGCCCCAGUCUCUAUACACCAGUUCUAUUUCCUUUACAAAUUCCUACCUAAAUAAAUUCGACAAACCGAAAAAAAAUUUCUCGCUACCUGCGCUGCCGUAUUUGCAGCCGAAGAACCACAAGCGAGAUAAAGAACAAAGAACUCAGUAA